UGGCGUGCGCGUCCCCGCGGCGCUGCCGGCUGAAUGCGCGCGGCCGUGGUAGAAAAAAACCCUCAGAGAAGGAAAACUUCAUAGAAAUGGCGGAGGGUGCAACAACGCUCAAAGGCUUGCGAGCCCAGAUAGCUGCAGCUGCACAGGCACAAGCUGAGGAACGGCGGAGCUUAGCAGGGAACAGUCCAGGACCUGCAACCAACACAUCAGCUAAACCUCAAGGGUGUAAGCCAGUCAUUGAUGGUGCCACGCUUAGAGUAGACGACCGACUACGAGUGGCAAAAGAGAGGAGAGACGAAGCAGAGAAACAACAGGCCUUACGAGAGACUCAGAUCAUGGAGAGAGAGCGCAAGGCCAAGUUGCAAGUGGAGCGCCAGAUGGAGGAACGUCAAAAAAAGGUUGAGGAACAACGAAAGAAGGAGGAGCAGAAACGAUUGGCUGUGGAGGAGAAGAGGAAGCAGAAGCAGGAAAAGGAAAAGGAGCAUUAUGAGGCAGUGAUGAAGCGGACACUGGAGCGUAGUCAGCGAGUUGAGCAGAGACAAAAAAGAUGGUCCUGGGGAGGACUGUCCCAAGACCAAGAUGGUCGAUCAGGAGAUUCUGAUGCCAGUGUGACAUCUCCAGUAACUAUAGUUAUCUCCUCUGCCUCUCCAGAAAAGCCACGAGGAAGUGGACAAGUUGAGAAGCUCUCUUCAUCCACCACGAACCUGAAACAGCCACCCGAGGCUGGCAUCAGCAAACGCUUAUCCUCCUCUGUCACCCUCGUCAAAACACCUGACAAAAGUGUUAAGCCAAGGAGUUCAUCUUGUAACCGGUUGUCAAGUAAUGGCAAUGCUGCUCAAGCCAUUAAUGAAGACGGCAAAAAGCGACAGGUGCAACAGACAGGUGGAACAGGCCAUUCUGUGAAGAAGAGAAGUUCGUCCCUCACACGAGUAAGUGUGGGUAGAGCACAGACCCCUGCCAAGCCUGAUAAGGGGACAACGAAUGAUCAAGCUCGCAGGCCACCGGCCAGCACUGCGGAUGAAGGGUUCCUUAGUCGUCUUCUCACCCCUACCCAGGCGUCACUAGCUAGGAGCAAGAGCGCCGCCCUCCUGUCCGCUGAAGGAACAGAUGCUCCAGCCUCUGCAAGUCCUUUGCACCCACCACGUGGACCUGUGCGCAGCCGCAGCAUAGACAGGCAGAAGAGCGGCAUGACCACGUCCGUGUCGGCCGACGGAGCCCUUGGCCCUUCUCUGAAGGAGAGGCAGUUAACAUCCCCUGUGGGAAAACGUCCUGCCUCCCCAUCAUCUUCUUCACUGGGACGCAACCGGUCUCCAUCCCCAGCCCCCAAUCCUGCUCCAAAGAGGACCCCGUCUCCAGUAGCAGCCAAGCAAAGUCCCAGAAUGCGUCCACCCUCACCAGGUUCACUGAAACAGCGUCCCCCAUCUCCUCAGACACCAUCAGCUAAGCCCCCACCUAUUCAGAAACCAGCUAUAACUCCAACAGGGCCCCCAACCUUAAGAAAGAGGGACUCCAAGUCCAAGGAUGUGUGUCCUGUUUCAGCUCCACAGUCCUCUGAUGGCAGCAAGACCAAAGAGAAAGAAGACCCAAAGGCCACGACGGGCACUAACUCAGCUGCCGAGGCAGCUAAAAUCCUGGCAGAGAACCGCAGACUGAUGCGAGAGCAGAAGGAGCGAGAGGAGCAGUUAAGGAUACAGAGGGAGGAAGAAGAGAGGGUGAGAAAAGAAGAAGAGGCGCGUUUGGCGGAGGAAGCGCGACUAAAACGACUGGAAGAAGAGAAAAAGCUUGCAGAGGAGAGAAAAAUCAAGGAGGAAGAAGACGCUAUCCUAGCAGAGGAGGAGAGGAAGAAAUUGGCAGAAGAAGAGGCACAAAAACAGAUUGAACUCCAGAAAGAACGGGAGGAGGCUGAGGCCAGGGCUCUGGAAGAGGCAGAGAGAGUUCGUCAGGAGAGAGACCGCAUUAUGCAACAGAACCAGCAAGAACGUAUGGAGAGAAAAAAGAGAAUUGAAGAAAUAAUGAAGAGGACCAGGAAAGGGGACCAAAAUGAGUUAAAGAGAGAUGACGAUGAUGACGAGGAUGAUGAUGAUGGUAAAUCUCUACUGGAGAAUGGAGAUGAUGAAGAUGACCAGAUGAACUAUGAAACCAAAAGUGACACUGAGGAUUUUGACAAAGAUGAUCUUUCUCCUGGGGAGUCCGAGAGCCCGGAAGGACUUCUCAGCACCAUUAAUGGAAAAUCAGAGACGGAGAACAAGGAGAAUAACAAUGGCACAAGCACAGAUGACACUCAGGCCGUAAGUCCUGUCCCUAGGGGCUGCCUUGUUGAGGGUUCUGAAUUCCUGAAUGAGGAGGACUCUUCCAAAGUGGGGCUGGUCUCCAGUCUGAAUGGGAAGUCCAACCAGUGGAGCUUCGAGGAGCUCAUCGACGUCAACGUUCACUCCAAGACUCGCCCUCUCAUUGAGACAGAGGACUGUAACCAGGUCUUGAUCAACUGUGAAGUGAGCUCAGCUGAGCCCACGGCCAGCGGGGACAAGGGAACCCCAAUCGGCACGCUGCAAUCUUCUAAUCAACCCAUUGAAGCCAUGUCUGAGAUGUGACCAUGCAGUCGAUGUUGAGAGGUCUCUUAAAGUUGCACUCCUAAAGUUCCUGUACAGCGGAGCUCCUGAAAAGAAUCUAUCAGUUCCUUACAGCUUUAUCUUCUUUCUACUGUCUUUGUGUUGGAGCAGCACAGGGUGAAAUGGAAAGACCACCUCAAGCAUUACAUUUCCCCAUAUACAAUUAGGAAACAAAUAUAUUACAUUUAUAUAUGAAUAAAUAUAAUUCUUCAGGGAAGUGAGGUGUAUUCCUCUUGGUCACAGGUGUCUUUCCUCUUCCUCUUGUGUUAAGUUCUCCUGUUUCUUCAAUGUGUCGUCCAAAUUAUUAUUGUCUUUUUUUUCCCUUUUUUUUUUUUUUUUAAACAAUUUUGUUUUUGUCAUGGUGGUGCAUUGCUGUAAUUUAUUAAUUUUUGCUUCUUUGUUAUUGUAAUUAUUGUUACUAUGUCUAGUCUAUUUUUCCUCUUAUUCUCUGGCUUGUACGGGAGGAUUCCAGGACACGUGCAUCAGGCCGUGUGGGUUAUAUUGUCAACUACUGGAAGAAAUAUUCCAUUCAGUUUUGUCUAUGUUUGGGUGGAAAUUAACUCUCACUUUUUGAUGUAGUUCAUCUAAAAUUUACUUGACCAGCUGCAUUUUGCAGCAUCCAAUGAUGUGGCCUUAUCCUCAACACACCCUGAGUUCUGAUUUUCAAGUGCAAAUAUACAAAUUGCUUACGCUAAAGGUCAUACAGUCACGGUUUAGUAAUCUCCAGUCAUGAACUUACAGUUUUGAGUGGAUUCCGUUGUUAUGUAGUUUUAUUUGAGCGGUUUUAGUCUGUUAUUUCACCAGUUCCAUGUGUCCUGCACUCUGUGGUGUGUUUUCUUCUGUGGCCACCAGAGGGCGCCAUCAGCACAACGGUGACGUUUCAAUUCAUAACAAAACUUUAGUAGAGUUUCAGCAGUGUGUUAGUAUGGGGCUCAUGGUCAAGAUAUAUAUUUUUUGUUUUAUAUGUAUAUAGAAUUCAUGUUUACUAACAUAAUUUACAAGACAUUCUGGGUUGGAUCUGGUUUUAGUCGUACAUGUCUUCAUCACAUCUGUAGCACCAAACUGUUUGACUAACCAUAACUGUAGCCCGCUCAUUUACACACAGGUGAAGCAGGUUUUAUUCAUAGCCGAGCUGUUUACUUUUGCUGAAACUAGAAAAAAAGGUUUUCACAGAGCUGGUUGAGGUUUGCUUUUGUUCUGGUUUGAUUUUUUUGUUACUGAUUCCACUUCACGUGCACUAACCCUCGUUUGUACAUUAGCUGCUACAUCAGACAAAACACAUUUCAGCUAUUUUUAUAAUAUAUGAAUUGGCUCUUUUGUUUAUAUAAGGAACUACAUGUCUACAUAUAUUUAAGUGGUAUUCUGUUUUGUAUAUAAUCAGUAUUAGGCGAAUAAAGCCAUGUUUCGGAUGGAGUGGCUCAGGUUCUGGAUAGUUCUAGUCUCUGUGUGGGUGAAUAUUAGGCAUCAGGUUGAUUUGGGCCCUGUGACAGCUUGGUCAGGUUUGGCUCUUGACCAGCAUAUAAAUAAAGCCCUUUAUCCAAAGCGAUAGGUGAGAUGGGGCGCUGUGAGACAUUUAUAAAAAUAUGGUGCAUGUAUGCUUGUUUACCAAGCUUUCAUCACCUUCUCCACUAACUAGAUUAGAGUUGACAUUUGCACAUGAAGAUGAGCCAGUUUGGUCUGUGCGACAUGUUCGAUCCUUGAUUGGAGUCGUGGUUGUGCUACGAGGCUUUUAAUGUCAUUGAAGUAGAUGAGGGUGUUGGGAUCGAUGGCUGUGUUUUGUUAGGCUUAUCAGCUCAGGUUUCAACCGUCUACUGUAGUACAAGGACACAUCCACCAAACAAAAGAUGACGUCAGAUUUGAUUUCCCCAAAGUUUUAAUUUUCCAUGAACUGUAUUGAAUUGUUUGAAAUUCCUUUUGCUUGAACGGCCCGAGCAUGAGAUUUUGGCCUUUGCCUCGCUCUCUGCUGGCUGACUAAAUUCUCUUUGUACAUAAUGACUCUGGGCCUUUAUUGUCUUAGCUUUGAUUAAUGAGCUCAAAGAAUGUAAAGGACUUCGUAAACCGUCCUGCAUUAUUUAUAACAUUUCUCAGAGCUGCUUGCUUUCAGCAUUCAUAUCUUAUUAUUAUUAUUAUUAAUGGAAACAGGGACUGCACUGUCCUAGAUGACUUGUUACUGAAGAGGAGCUUUACUAUAGAUAACGCGAAGACCAACGAGCAGAGCCGUGUGAUGUUUCUAUAGAAGAAAAAUAUAAAUAUAUAUAAUCUGUCCAUUUGCUCUGACUUGUUUUCAUCCCAACAUUCAUUCAGUCAUACCUUUAAACUUGCAUAUACUGAAACUGCUACCCCUGCUACACACAAAUCUUUUCUUCUAAGGCUCACGAGGAGGACAUGUUGGUUGGAUUUGUAGUUGCUGCUUGAAUAGAUUUUGUGCUCAUUCCAGAUCCUGCUGCAUCUUUGGCAGCUUGAGAACAGAGCCGGCAGCUCCUGGUCCUCAAUGUUGUCCAUAAUAACAACAACAAUAAUAAUAAUAGGAUAGAACUGUGCCUUAGAUUGAGAUUCAGUACCUUUAUUCCACCAGUCAUCUGAGAAAGUGUGUCCUUACCUCAGCCUCGACAAUCAGUUCACCCAACCAGGGCAACUCUGUGAAUUUGAAUAUUUCUUGGAAAUAUCUGGUAAUAAUCCCAUUUUCACAACUACAAUUUGUAUUGUAAAUAUUUCUAAAGAGAUCUUGAGUUGAUACAAAACUGUUAAAACAAUAAAGUAUUGAAAAAAAA